AUGACAGCACCAGACCUUAACAGCACACCUGAGCAGCAGAAGAGAAGUAGCUCGAGGUCUCGCAAUACCUUUGGUCUGACAGUUGCAGCUGUAGUCUUGGUAAUUGCGCUAGUCUACGCGCAAUAUGCAGAUCUACUAAGCCUACAGGCGACUGCGGGCAGAGACCGCGUCCGUGCAGAGGUGAAGCACUUCGUAAGAUGGCAAAGAAUCCGUCUUCGGACAGCUAAAGACCUCGAUCGAGCUCUUCCUGUCCUCAUUGACUUCGUCAAAAACCCGGAGCACGCAUUGUCGCUCAAGGAGCUGACAUUUGAUACCCGGCGUUAUGAUUAUGGCAGCGACGCUCCACUACCGCCAAUAGCCCUGCCGGAGACUCUUUCGAAUGAUGAGCAGAAGGUCAUGGAAGCCGUGAAGGCCAUUGAGCUUGGAGUUGAGCUCGAAAAGGCGAUAAUGGAGGCACUGAUCUGGAAAACUCGCGGCAUCGAUGUGUCCGAAGCAGAGGAAGCGGAAGCAAACCCGCUGGACUAUUGCGAUCCUCGUCGCUUUGAGAGAGACAACAACCGCAGAAACCGGCGGCUGCAGUACGCAAGAGUAUUGACUAUUCUGUUCUGCAGCCUGUCGCCGAACCUGACCAUCCUCCGUGUCACAGAACCCGAGCAUAUCUUUGCGGAGUUUCUUGCCACAGUUAAUCACCGCUGGGUCUCUCAUGGCACUAUUCCCAUCUUCGCCAGUCUCAAGGACGUACAUCUGAUCGAAAGGAGUGAGGGCUACAGCAUAUUAGAAGAUGAACGGUUCUAUCGCAACAUCAAUCCUCUUGAAACCAUUCGUUACUUCCAUCGACUUCCGUCCAUAGAGUCAUUCUCAGCCACUACGCUCUCAAGCGGCCGGAGUGAACUCGACCAUAUUCCGCCGGGACAUUCCCGCCUUCGAGCGAUCUCCGUCACCAACUCCGACGUUGGCAGCGCGACGAUGUGCAGCCUCAUCCGCCUGGCCACCGCACUCGAAAACAUUACUUUCACUGCCGGUGGUCGGGCAACAAAUGACGGCAGCUUCUCUGCAGUAUUUCCCAAAUCCCUAGGCAAGUGCCUGGAGCAGCAGAAGGCUACUCUGCGUAGUAUCGAUAUCGAUGCAGAUUGUCAGUGGUGGUCCAGCAUGAUGUCUGGGGACGGGGACGCGGAGGAUGGCGUUGGCAUCUACGAGCGGCAGGAAGACUAUCUGCAAUUAGAACUUGAUCGUUAUCGUGAGGAACCGGAGUGGAGGGCCGAAGAAGAGGACAGCAAAGCACGAGGCUUGCCCCUGCUUUCCCGCGAUCUGCCUGACACAAAAACAUACAACGGCACGAUUGGCAGCCUGGCCGACUUUGAGAACCUGGAGAGCCUGAAGAUUGGUAUAAAGCUACUACUCGGAGAUAUGUAUGGUCCUUUGGAGGAACCGCAGCCAAAGCCACCAACAGAUUUGGUCGACAUGUUGCCCCGGAACUUGAAACACUUGACUCUCCGCGGCUACAGAAAGGGCGAGCGCAAGGAGUACGACGAGAACGUUGAGCAAUUGCGGGCCGUGAUGGCUGACAAGCUGCCUUUGCUGGCGGAGGUUGAAGGAUUGGACGAAGAGGUCCCGAGCGGAGAGCACGUGGAGGACUGUGAUGCAGAAGAUGCUCCGUUGUUUGUGAUGGAGCCGGUGGAGGAUGGGUGGCUUGAGGUCGAGCCAGACAAGUCAGCAUGA